CCCAGCACCACCACCAAUUUCAUCUGAAAAUUGUAUUCCUAUGCCUAUGGCUCAUACAAAGGCAUAGAUACUGUCACGACGCUGUUCUUGAUUAAACGAUGAGCAGAAACACAGUAUGGCUUUUGUCAACACACUUAAACUUUAGAAUUUUCAGGAAGAUAAAGAUACGUGCUCAUUUAGCAAAAUGCAAAAUUGAUGCAGGAUGGAGAACGCGACGUAAAAAACAACAUGAGGUUCUUGAUGGGGAGCGUGGGAAUGGCUCUGAUGGAUCGGAUGUCUGUUCAAAAAUAUGGUUGCCUAAUGCUGCUUGUUCAAUGUUUCCAAAUGUUAUCGAAAUUCCACAGGAAAUGUACUAGACUCAAUCAGAAAACAACUACUUAUGAACUCUAGGAAAUUGUUAAUAGUAUAGCUAUGAAAAAAGGAUAGACCAAAGGAAGACGGAACGACACACAAAAAUCUUGGGAGCUAUACCGGUGAUUGUGAUGAAAAUUCUGCAAUCUGGCAAAACAGCUAUGGCACACUUUAUCAUUUGUC